AUGAGCGUCCGACUGGGCGCAGGAGGCUCGUCUCAGAAUUCUAAGGAACACGCCAUAAUUAAUUUGAACUUCAAGCUCCCUAAGAUUCUCACUUAUUAUUUCAGUAGCCCGGCGGUCCGGUACAGGAUAGCAACAAUAAGCGGGUCGGCAAGCACCGCUCGCUGGCACGCUAGGUUGGCUGCGCUGCUUGCGGUUUCAGGUAAGUAUGGAAGUGCCGCAGCUCACUACCGACGGGCACUGGAUGGACUCGAAGAGGUGACGGCAGCGAAUUCUAAUCCAGAAAGCUACGCGCAGCGGUUAAAGUGGCGACUCCAGUGGCAGUUUGAGCUCGCCGAAACGGAGGCUAAGCGUUUGCGCCACCAGGAUGCCAUCGCAUUGUACCAAGAGAUCCUGCACAUGCAGCCUGAGUGCAUCGAGGUGCUGGUCAAUUUGGCGGUGCAGCUCGCCAUUGUAGACGCGAGUCGUCUGGAAGAGGCACUGGAGCUCUGCAUGCGGGCACUAGCAUUGCGUCCGGAAUUUCCCGAGGCGCACUACAACCGCAAUGUGCUGCUACGUAGACUGGGACGGCAGAGCGAGGCUGUCCGUAUUUAUUGGGAGUAUUUGGCACGUGACGUUGGCGCAGGUAUCGACAAGGGCAUCAUGCACGAUAAACUGGCUACAGUCAUGAUGACUUCUGCUGGAGUAAACCAAGAGGUUCGGUCUGACAAACUCGACGAUAACAACACUCUGUACGAUGAAGCGAGUGCAGACAAUGGAGUCACGGUUGUUUGUGUCAAGUGGGGCACCAAGUAUGGUGCUGAGUAUGUGAACAGGCUCUAUAACUCGGUCAUGCGUCAUCGUGGGGGAAUUCACGUGACAUUUGCCUGUCUGACUGACAACGCUGAGGGUGUCGAUCUUCACGAGAAUUUGACUCUUCUGCCGCUAGGUGGAGGCUGGAAGGGAUGGUGGAAUAAGUGUCAGCUAUUUUCAACUGCAACGUCUGUAAAACUUCGCUCGCUAGGCCACUCGCGUUGCCUGUAUUUGGAUCUCGAUACUGUUGUCGUUGGCAAACUCGUCGAGUUGUUGAUUUGGUCGCCUCCCUCGGGAACGUUGGGGCUGCUGAAGACAGAUCACAUGGCCAACGAGCAACGAGAAAGCGGGUAUAAUAGUAGCAUCGUCGCAUGGCGUAUUGGUAUCGAUGCAGGUGAAGCUUCGCUUCUAUUCUUGUACAACUUCCUCCACGCUCACUUCGCUGCUGUGAGCAAGUACAUCUACAAGUUCGACCACUGGCUUGAGAUGGCCCACGCUAGAGCGUGCUUUCUAGAGGACAUCUUUCCGGACAAAAUCGCUGAGUAUCGCAGUCUCGAUGAAGAGGCUGUGUCACCGCCAGCCAACGCAGCGAUAGUGUGCUUUCCGCUCCUUCCAAAACCACACAAUGCUACCGCACCCUGGGUCGCACAGCAUUGGGUAUAA